AUGGUGAUUUACGGAUUGAUAAUCUUGUUUUCCAUCCUGUUGAUAAUCUUGUUUUCCAUCCUGUUGAGGCGUGUUUUCCAUUCUGGAAAACCAUGGCCUCUUGUUGGACGGAAGUUUUAUAUUGCAUUUUCAUUUUUCCGUGGUGCAUCAAUCUUGGCAUGUGCCCACAACAGCGAAGAUGAUUCAAUGGAUGAUAUUGAUGAGAUUCAAAUUCUAUUGGAAUGGAAUCACGAAUUCCAAUUAUGUUGGAAUGGAAUCACAAAUUCCAAUUCUAUUGAAAUCACAUAAGUUGGUGCUUGAAAAACGG